AUGGCGAAAGUGAUUGCUGUUUCCAUAGGUUUGCCAUUGAUGGCAGUGAUUCUGAUCUCCAUGUUCAUGGCUGCUAUAACUUGCUUGAAGGAAGAAGAGCGUUCGAUAUACUUGGUCUUAAUGGAAGGAGAUGCACUUGCUUCCAUUCACCAACAUUCUUCAACAAUGCAAUCCAACAGAGAAGCUUCAAAGACACAUGCAAAGCACUUAAUAUCAUCUCACGAUCAAUUUCUGCAAACAACCUUGGAUACAGGAAGCUACAACAAACUCCACAGUUAUAAACACAUUAUCAAUGGUUUUUCUGUCCACACAACCCCUUCCCAGGCUGAAAGACUAAGAAGUAAGCCGGGAGUUAAGUUGGUAGAGAAAGACAGAGGAGUGAAAAGGAUGACAACUUACACACCUGAAUUUUUAAGUUUACCAAAGGGAAUAUGGGCGAAAGAAGGAGGAGAAACAAAUGCAGGUGAAGGAGUUGUGAUUGGUUUCGUGGAUAGUGGCAUCAACCCUUUUCAUCCAAGCUUUGCUUACGAUCCCAUGCUACCUUUCAAAUCAAACCUCUCUCGUUUUGACGGUGCCUGCAUUACGGGUCCUCUCUUCCCUCCUACUUCCUGCAAUGGAAAGAUAGUGGCCGCCAGGUACUUCUCUGCUGGGGCUGAAGCUGCUGCUACCCUCGAUCCUUCCAAGGAUUUUCUUUCACCCUAUGAUGCAGAUGGACAUGGCAGUCAUGUGGCAUCUAUUGCUGCUGGAAAUGCUGGUGUUCCUGUUGUAGUCAACAGUUUUUGCUACGGGAAAGCUAGUGGAAUAGCACCACGUGCAAGGAUUGCAGUUUAUAAGGCUAUUUAUCCAUCCGUGGCAACUCUAGCAGAUGUUAUUGCUGCGAUCGAUCACGCUGUUCUUGAUGGAGUGGAUAUCUUAUCGCUAUCUGUGGGACCAAACGGACCACCAGAAGAUACGUUAACAUUCUUAAACAUGUUUGACAUUUCUUUGUUGUUUGCACGAAAAGCAGGAGUUCUCGUGGUGCAAGCUGCGGGGAACAACGGUCCAGCAUCUUCAAGUGUAGUGUCAUUCAGUCCCUGGAGUGUCACUGUUGCCGCUAGCACCACAAACAGAAGGUACCCUUCUUCACUUGUACUUGGAAAUGGCGCAGUACUUAGUGGCGUGGGACUAUCAGGACCAAGUUUUGGAAAUGGAUCAGUUUGGCAUAAGCUUGUUUUAGCUAAGGAUGCGGUCAAAAAGAGUGGAACAAGUCCAAAGACCGAGUACAUUGAGGAGUGCCAACAUCCAGAAGUUUUGGACCCUCACAUAGUGUUGGGAAGUAUCAUUAUCUGCACGUUUUCAGGUGGGUUCUAUAAUGGCACCUCAACUCUUGCUGGUAUUAUUGGCACCGUGAAGGCUCUGGGAAUGGAGGGCUUUGUUUUAGUUGCGAACCCAAGCUAUGGUGAUUAUAUUGCAGAGCCAAUGCCUUUUGCCUUUUCUGGUAUUUUGAUCCCUCGUGUGGAGGAUGCCAAGGCUAUAUUAAAGUACUAUGAAGAAAGAACAAAGAGGAACAAGAAAGGAAAUGCCGGAGAGUUUGGUGCUUUGGCAGCUGUGGGAGAAGGAAGACUUGCCUCUUUCACAGGGAGAUCGCCUAUAGUCAGUAGAUUUUCUUCAAGGGGUCCAGAUAUCAUUGACAAUAAAAAACAUGUUGCAGAUGUACUUAAACCCGAUAUUCUUGCUCCAGGACACCAAAUCUGGGCAGCCUGGGCUCCCAUCAGUGCCUCAGAACCUUUCCUCAGAGGGAACAGUUUUGCAUUGUUAUCUGGUACCAGCAUGUCCACACCUCAUGUGGCUGGAAUAGCAGCACUGAUGAAGCAACACAAUCCAUCAUGGACUCCAUCCAUGAUAGCUUCUGCAAUCUCUACAACAAGCUCAAAGUAUGACCAUCUUGGACAGCCUAUAAUGGCAGAAGGCUAUGAGGUCAACACCUUGCUACCCGCCACUCCUUUUGAUUACGGCUCAGGCUUUGUCAACGCCAGUCGUGCCGUUGAUCCUGGUUUGGUACUUUCAUCUGAUUAUGCAGACUUCAUCAGCUUCCUGUGCUCUUUGCCGGACGUAGACACGGAUGCAGUCGUUGCAGCUACUGGAGAGCAAUGCAAUCACCCAUUUGCCUAUCCUUUCAGUCUAAACCUUCCUUCAGUUACAGUAUCUGCGCUGAGAGGAUCAGUUUCUGUCCGAAGAACUUUCACGAAUGUGGGGAACACCACAGAGACGUACUUGGCCACUGUUCGUCCACCAAAUGGAACUGACAUCUGCCUCCAUCCAACUUGGUUUACCUUAACUCCUCUAGGAACGCAAGAUUUGGAUAUACAUAUCAGUGUCGUCCAACCAAUGCAGAAUUUUACCUUUGGUGAAAUUGUUCUCACAGGAAAUUUAAACCACAUUGUACGAAUAACAUUGUCAGUGUUCGCGAUUUCAGUGUAA